GAACCAAUCAGAGCCAACAUGCGCAAACAAAACUAAAAUUCGUUCAUCUGAUGGUAUUAUUUUCUCGUGAAAAAUACUAUAAAACGAACGAAAACUCGUCGUAUAAGAGGUAUGGUCUCUUAUUAAACGAAUAAUAUAAUGUUCAGAUAUUUAAUUUAAAAUGAGGCACGUAAAAAAUCAAGUGAUAAAAAAAAGUAAUUAGAAAUGUGUAUCGUGUUCUCUGAUGCGCUUGAAAGUCGAAGACAUCGAAAAGUCCUAAGUACCCUUAUUUUCUUAUAAAGAAUCUUAAAAUAAUCCUGCUAGAAAAUGAAAUUGUUGAAAUGGAGAUAUAUUCGUGCCUAAUUUUCUGCAAAUAAAUUUUAAUAAGCUGUUCAAGUACGUUUUAGCAUUGACAGCUGAUAUGGUAUGAUCAUGGCGGAAUCUACGAAGAAGGCAGAAGAUGAUAAAGUUAAGUGUAAAAUUUUAAUUGUUGGCGCUGGUAUGGCCGGAUUAUCGGCCGCGAAUCACUUACUAAAAAAUCACGAAACUGAUUUUUUGAUUGUCGAAGCGCGAGGCCGGAUAGGUGGUCGGAUCGUUGCCAUAAAACUCGGCAAUGAGAAGGUAGAAUUAGGAGCAAACUGGAUUCAUGGAGUAUUAGGAAAUCCAAUGUUUGAAUUAGCAAUGGCAAAUGGAUUAAUAAAUAUCGUACGUGUACCAAGGCCUCAUAAAGUAGUAGCAGCUAUGGAAGAUGGAAAACAAUUGCCUUUUCCAGUUUUACAAGAAAUUUAUGAAGCUUAUGUAUGUUUUCUAAGAAGAUGUGAAGAGUACUUUCUAAGCUCUUAUAGCCCUCCAGAUGGUAUAACCAGUGUUGGAGCACACGUAGCACUGGAAGCUGAAAUUUAUUUAUCCUCGUUACCAGUUGAAGAAAGAAAAAUUAGACAACUAUUGUUUGAUUGUUUACUUAAAAGAGAGACCUGUAUUACUGGCUGUGAUAGCAUGGAAGAUGUUGAUCUCUUGGAAAUGGGCUCUUAUGCAGAACUUCAGGGUGGAAAUAUUAGUCUUCCAGAUGGAUACAGUGCUAUAUUGGAACCAGUUGCAAAACACAUACCAAAAACUAGCAUUUUAACUAGACACGUAGUUACUAAAAUAAGGUGGCAAAGAAAGAAAUGUGCGGACAAUGCAAAUAACGAUAAUAAUACACCCAGUAAUACAAAUACAUGUAUCGAAAUACAGUGUGGAAAUGGAAAAACAAUCCUAGCAGAACAAGUAAUUUGUACAUUGCCAUUAGGAGUACUUAAGGAAAAUGCUAACGAUAUAUUUGAACCGCCUCUACCAAAUUACAAACUUGAAGCCAUAGAUAGACUUCUGUUUGGUACUGUAGAUAAAAUAUUUUUGGAAUAUGAGAGACCAUUUUUGAAUCCUGGCGUAUCCGAAGUUAUGCUUUUGUGGGAUGACAGAGGAUUGACAGAAGAGGAGAAACAAGAUGUUAGUAAAACGUGGUUUAGGAAGAUAUAUUCUUUUACGAAAAUUUCAGAAACUUUGUUGUUGGGAUGGAUAUCAGGAAAGGCUGCUGAAUAUAUGGAGAAGUUAAGUGGUGCAGAAGUCGCAGAUGUAUGCACAUCAAUAUUGAGAAGAUUUCUUAACGAUCCAUUUGUGCCGGCACCAAAGAAUUGUUUGCACACGUCGUGGCAUUCACAGCCGUAUACGCGCGGUUCCUACACUGCUAUGGCUGUUGGAGCAAGUCAAUUAGAUAUUAAUCGUUUAGCUGAGCCUAUAUUUCAAGAGGAUGAUCCUACAAAAAUUGCUGUAGCAUUUGCAGGUGAACAUACACAUUCUUCCUUUUAUAGUACUGUACAUGGAGCAUAUUUAACUGGCCGAACUGCUGCCCAAGCACUUCUAGAAUCGCAAAAGAAUGAGAAAAAUUUGUUGAGUCUCAGUUGUGAAGACACAAGCGAUCUCAGUUCGUGGAUACAAGGAAUUUCCUUGAACUAAACAUUGAAAUCGUUCUUUGUCGACGUUUACACAUUAUUGAGCACAAUUUAUUACCGAGGUACGAACAAUAUUUUACACACUGUCGAGAUCGAUAACAAUUGUGAUUUAUAGGUGUUUAAUAUUAAGCGAAACGUAUAAACUAUUUUAAUUUUGUAAAUACUAUAGCGAAUUGUUUAUAUUAUGUACAUAACAAUGCCUGUUUGAAAUUUUAAGACUUUAUAAACGUGCAUUUGUCAAUUUUAAAUACUAUCAUACCUUUCUGAAUAAUCAAGGAAGGAAUGAUAAUUUGAAAUUGCAUUGCAAAACGAAACUUCAUUUUAUGGGGUCACCUAACAUUUAGUACAGAAGUUUUUGAUAUAUAUUCAAUGCCAUCGAAAGUGCUUUUUAUCAAACAAAUUAAUAGCUAUUAAUUCAGACGUCCGUGAUUAUUAGCUAUCGUAUUAAAUAACGAAAAUAUAUUUGCUGUCCCAUUUACAUUUGUAAAAUAACGAGAGAUGUUAGGAUAACAUGGUCUCAGUUUUAAAGAAAUGGCAUCAAACAUUUAUGUUUGCAUAGAAAAUAUAGCAAUGUUAGUUGCUAUGCAUAUAGAAGAAAUAGAAUUUGCAAACUUUUGCAAAAAUUUCCUAAUCACAGCUUUUUACAUUUGUAUUUCCUCUUUUCAGUAUGUUUUUUACUUUGAAGUAUUAUAACAAAGUGCAUUUUAUCUAGUCAUAUUGUGUUAAGCAUUUUAAUUAUACGUGCGUAAAACCAUGAUCAAUUUGCAAUAAAUCCAAUAACAGUCUACUGCAUAGAUCAUUUUUGCAUAUCUUUUUGAAAUUAAGACAAUAGAGUAGGUGACCAAAUAAAUAAAUAGAAGUGUCCUUUAUGUUUAAAACGUGACAGAAAUUUUUGCAAUAUUACUGUUUUAAUACUAUUUCAAAGUUCUUUUGUAGUAUAUACAUUUCAAAUUUCCAAGAUUCCAGAUAGAUUUAUUUUUUUGUAACUGCCACUUACGAUUAACUCAUGGAAACACGCAAAUUGAAAUGUAAUUGAUAAACCAAAUAAAAAUAAAUUAUGCACAGACAGUAUUAGAAUUGAAA